AGGGGGUGCCUCUGAGACCCCACUCUGCUGGUAGGUCCACUGAGGCGGUGGUAAGCAGGGAGAUCUGCAAGUGUGGAGAAGGCCUGCAUGGAGGUCCAGGUGAAGGGCCAGGAGGCUUCCCUGAUAGGGGCGGGGAAUAGCAUGGGGGGAGGUCAGCUCGACCCCUGGAAGCAAGCCUCAGUGCUCUGCAGGAGCUGGAGCCCAGGAUUUGGGGAGGCGUGAGGGUGUUGGCCACAGACAGCGCCCCACAGAAGCAGUGGUCCUUUGGGUCCUGAUGACCUGUGGGGGCCAGGAGAGUGGUGGUCUUCUCUGUGUGUGUUUUGAGGGGCACUUAGCUGGUGAGCAGCUAGUACCUUGAGAAGAACUUUUGACAAUGAGGAAAUUUACAGCCUAGUCUCAGUUCACCUUGCUGGGCGACCUUGGGCAAGUAAGUCGACCUCACUGAGCCUCAGUUUCCCCAUCUAUAAACUGGGGUUCAAUAAGCCUGCCCCUUCCUCAGGGCUGUGUGGGCAACAAUUUAAGAGGGACACAGUACCCUGGGAAAGAGGAUCCUUAGGAGAAGCAGUGUGAGGUGGAACUGAACUUGGGGGUGUUUGUUGAGCUGAGAGUGUUCCUCAGCCUUGGGCCAGGCUUUCCUGGGGGGCUGCCAAGAGGAAUCAAGCUGAGACCCGCCCCCUGCGAGCUCACACUGUGGUUCAGUGACUUGCAAACCUUUUACAGGCAUGCCUCAUUUUGAUAAACAAAGAGCUGCUGCCUUUAAUGUUUAACUGAGGUUACUUUCAAGUUUACAGGGCUUUUGUUUUGUUUCUUCUUUUAAGCUCUGCGAAAAUAUCUUUAAACCACUGUCGACCCCACCCUUCCCUCCAGAUUGGGGAUGUCUGUCCCUCCCCUCCCCAAGACUUUGGUUGGAGGGAUAAGGCGCACCCGGGUUCAGGACAACUUAUAAGACUGGAAGCCCCUGAGUAUUACUCAUCAGCAUUUAUUCCAUGCCUUGUGUGGCAGGCACAGCGUUUGAUGUGGGUCAUAAAAGGAAGCAGGUCUGUCCUUAAGAUGCUCACAGAUUAGGGAGACAGAGGUGGCAUGACCACCCCAUGUGCUGUGUGAUGCAUGAGGGUCACAGGGUUGGGCCACGUGGCUCAAAAGAAGCUGGAAGGGUCAAGGAAGGCUUCUAGCAGGAGGUGUCAUCUGAGAAAGGCCUGAAGGAGGGGGGCUGGUGAUUGCAGCCGGACGUGCCCAUGACCGAGCUGGCAUCCUCAGGGGGCGGGUCCCCUGCGGGGGACGGGGAGGAGGGCCUGGGGGACGAUCGAGGCCUGGUCAUCCACCACCCGGCGGAGGAGCAGCUGCACCGUUGCCCGCUGUGUGGCCAGACCUUCGCUCAGCAGCCCAGCCUGGUGCGGCACCAGAAGGCGCACGCUGGGGCGGGCCGCGCAGCCGCCUUCGUGUGCCCGGAGUGCGGCAAGGCCUUCAGCGUCAAGCACAACCUGGAGGUGCAUCAGCGCACCCACACGGGCGAGCGGCCCUUCCCCUGCCCCGAGUGCGGGCGCUGCUUCAGCCUCAAGCAGAACCUGCUCACGCACCAGCGCAUCCACAGCGGCGAGAAGCCGCACCAGUGCGCGCAAUGCGGCCGCUGCUUCCGCGAGCCGCGCUUCCUGCUCAACCACCAGCGCACCCACGCGCGCAUGCCCGCGCCGCACCCGCGCCGCCCCGGCGUCUUCGGGGAGCGCAGGCCCUACUUUUGCGCCCGUUGUGGCAAAAGCUUUGCGCGCGAGGGCUCGCUCAAGACCCACCAGCGCAGCCACGGCCACGGGCCCGAGGGCCAGGCGGCCCAUUUAGGCCGCGUGCUCUGAUGCGCGCAGAACCUGCUGCCGCCGCCGACUGUUCCCCGCCCCAGAGCCGCAUCUGUGACCCCUGGAGAUGCCGCUGGGCUGGGGGCCCCUCUCUGGACGGGAUCCUGGGAGACCAUGAGGGCUGGCUUGGGGGGCGUUUCAAAAGGAGUGGGCCGCUGCCUAGCUUGGGCCGCCUCCUUCCGCUCAUCCUCCAGGACCCUCCGGGUGGCUGCACCCGGCUGCUUUGGGCCCCAGUGUUGGUUUUCCUCCACAGGCACACGCAGCUUAGAGCAGGUGAGACUUAGCACUGGCCAGAGCCCUCUCGGUCUUGUUGGGGGUCACGUGGGGAAGGUGGGGCACACAGGGCUUCUAGGCGUAGGACUGUCUUCUUACUAGAUCCUCAUUCCCUGAAUGCCAGCAUUGAAAGCCACCUGGAGAGGAUACUGUCCACAAUCCUCAGGCUUCCCCCAGCCCCAAGGUAUUUAGUACCUUUGAGAAGUCAUUUCACUUCAUGACACAGUUUGCUUAUCUAUAAGUAGGGGCUAAAGAUGAGGAGGGCCUCCUCCUCCCGGGGAUGUUCUGAGGACUAAGUUUAGCAGAUAAGAGGAGGUGACAUCAUUAAUUGAGUGCCCCAGUGUGCCAAGCUGUCUGCUGAGUGGGGUCCUUGGGAGGAGCACAGCCCUGUCCCUGGGGUGCUCAUACAGGGUGAUGCCGGCUACCGUAGGGGACAGACUUAAAAGUGUUCUGGGGGAUGGGGAGGUGACUGGUGACACCCAAGACAGUCUGAUGGUUUGAUCUGGGUCCUGGGGACUCAUAGGGAACAUAGAACCUUCCAUAGAGUAUGGAAGGUUUCUAAGGUGGGCAUCUGAACUUGGAGGCUUAUAUUUGCUCUACAAAGGAUUUGUGGCAGGGAGAGGGGACACCAAAAUGUUUAAUGGAAAGAGCCCAGUGAGCGCGAGUGUGGUUCAAGGACAACUGGAGGCAUGGAGGAGAGAUGGAAGUAGGGCCGGGGUCCUGGGGUCGUCUGGGCAAGAGAAUUGAGGUUCCCUGAGUGGACUGGCCAAAGUCAUGCAGUGAGAAAGGGGUGAGCCAUGACCUGUCCCCCAGGCCUCAGAUUCCAGGCUGAUGCUUGGGCUUCUCCGCCAUGUGGUCGACAAGGAAAGUGAGGCUCCCCCAGGCUGGCCCUGAGUCACACACAGGAGUUAGUGGUGCAGCAGUGCAAGCCUGGACCUCAUUUUGGAUUCUGGACCCCAAGACCCUGUAUCUCUCCUGUACCAUCAUUAAGAGAUGCUCCUACAGGUGGGAAAAAUGGGGCUUUGAGGAUGCGGGACCAUGUAGUAGAAGCAUGGGCAGGGGCGUUGGUGGGAGAUAUGGGUGUCUGCAGGGGACGUGGCCUCCUGCGUGGUGGGUUGGGAAGAAGGCAGCUGGGGGCUGGGAGAGGACCUGCCUCCACAGGGCCCUUGCUCUACACCCAGGCUGGUGCUCAGUGCUGGAGACCUGUCUCUGCCCUCCCCCCUUUCCUUAGAGCCGUGUGGCUUCUUGGGGAUCAGUUGUCCUCUGCCUGCCGCCCGUAGGUGGCUGUUGCAAUGUGGACUAGUGCUUAGUGGUGGAGAUUAAGAGAUUAAGUCGGGACCUGGGACAUCUGGAACCAAGUCACCAAGUACCCUGAACCCACGAUGUCUCAUUGAUGUGGAGUGGUCAGGAGCUCUGGGCAGUGUGCAGGGCGCCUCUGACACAGAGACUCGGAAUGGGGCCUUGGGCCUGCACCCCAGCAUGAGGACACGUCCCCUAAGAAGACCUACCUCGGGAGGUGAAGGCAGAGGGUCCAAUGGAGCCUGGAAUUGGAAACAGACUUUGUGCCUCGGUGGAAAAACUCCCCAGGCCUGCUGGGAAUUACAGCCAGAGGAGAGGUGGUCCUGGCUGCCCGGCCUCUCCUGUGGUAGCAGCGAUGGUGCAUGUGUGGGGAACCCACUUCUGUGCUCCCGCCUGGCCCACCAGAGACAGGAAGUGAGCUUCUGGGGAGGACACAGCAAGUGGAAGCAGACACCGGCUCCAGAGGCAAGACCAUCCCCCCAGGGAUGAGCAUGCCUGCAGGCUUCCCUCUCCUUUCGGGGCAGUGGUUUCUUCACACUGUUGGGCUCACGAAGCCCUCUGGCAAGAUGGCAAAGGUUAUGAACCUUCUCCCCAGGAAGAUGCACAUACUCAUGGGGAUGCAGAAUCUACGAGGGAUUCCAGGAGCUCCGGGACUCCAGGCUGAGAUCCCUGGGCCCUGGGGCUAGCCCGCUGCUCCUUCCUGAGCUGACACAGAGUCCUGGGUCAGGGUCUUCGUUCGAGUCACAUUUCGUUUCCCCCAUUCUGUGCCCAUCGACCUUCGUUCCCUUUUCAGGAAUAAAGAAUUCUGAGGAGGGACC